AUGGACUUAUUAAAUGUGAACAAUCUUUCCAUCAUAUCAGUUGAAGAAUGGGGACUACUUAAACAGCUAAGGAGGUGUUUGAAACCUACGGAGGUAGUUAGUAAAGUGAUAAGUGGAGAGAAAUAUGUGACUUUAUCGUCAGUGAUAAUUUUAACAAAAGGACUGGAAAAUAUUUGUCUUGAAAUGAAGAACGAGGAUCUCUUGCCUUUAAUUCAAGAUAUGGUCGGGCAAUUUCUAAAGGGAAAUUCAGAUCGACUGGGGUACUUAAAAAAUCCUAAAACUUUGCUGGUGUCUACUUUUCUGGAUCCUCGAUUUAAAAAUGUCGGAUUUUCUUGCGAUAGUGUAACUGAACGAGCCAAGCAGUUAGUAAUAAAACUAAUAUAUCAAAAUUUUUUUUUUUGUAAAUUAAAAGAAACACAGCAGACUCCUUCCACCGAAGUCGGUUAUGUAGCCCAUCCUUCUAUAUUGGACCAUUUUGCAAAAAAAGCUGCUUUCUUCUUAUCCAAAGCACCUGACAGUCCUGCAACAUCAAGAGCCGUUAUUGAGGUCCGUCAAUACUUGGAGGAAGAUCUCUUGGAUAGAACUGAAGAUCCGGUAAAAUGGUGGCGUUAUCACUCUUACAACUUAGAAAAAUUUGGUACUGUCGCAACAUCUGUCUCUUGUGAACGUAUUUUCUCCAAAUCGGGAUCGCCUAAGUGA